AUGGUGGCUCGGCUUUCUCAGUCCUUCUCGUCGCGUAUGCUGGACGACGAUGAGCUUGAUAUGCCCGAGAUUGGUAAUGAGAAUUCUAUGGAAGAAGUAGCUAGGAAAAUUGCUAGGUAUAUCAUUGCCGCGAUUCCAGAUGUUCCUUGCACAUUCGAUGACAUGAGGUCAUCUGUCGUUGGCCAGAGGUUGCGGCCAUUAGUGAAAUACCUGUCUGAGACUGUUCACAAUCAGAAUUUGAUUCGUGCACUGAUGGUACUGAAAUGGCAUUUUGACAACCUCCCGGAUGAUGAAAUUGGCCUCAACGAGAGCCGUGGAUACGCCUGUGAAUUCGUUGCCUGGCAGUUUCUCACUUCACUAUCUCACCGGGAGACGAUCGAGUUCCUUCUACAGGAUCUUCUUGACUCCAGACAGCAUUCCAUUAAUAUCGGGGAUGCCGAGCGAGGGUCUUCCGGGUAUGCUGCCAUCACAGAAGAACCCCGGAUCUCACACGAAAGAACACCACUGCUUUCAGCUUCAGCUUCCUCAGGACAUGGUUUCUUUGAAUCUAACAGAUCCUUCAGCACUGGAGUUACCUUUGACGCAACUUCUAUUUAUGGAACCCACUCCGAAUUUGACGGUGUCAACGCAUUGGAGAUUGCAGCAAUUGUGCAUGCAAAAAAGUUCCUCAGUCAAAAAGUUGUUCAAAAAAUCAUCGACGAUAUAUGGCGCGGCGAGAUCAUCUUUUGGGAUAGCCUCAACGUACAUGCAAAGAAAAUGCCACACGUUCUAAGAAAAAAAAACAUUGAUCCUUAUUGCCGCCUUCGCAUUCCGAUCUAUCGCAAAGCGUUUGAGGCAGUUUUCUUCAUUUCAUUUCUUGUCAUCUACUAUGCGGUGCUAGCCCAGCGCGAUCCCAAUUCAAUCAAUAUGCUAGAAAUUCUUAUGUAUAUAUGGAUCACAGCCUUUGCCUACGAUGAGCUCAGCGGAAUUACCGACGCUGGAAUGCUGUUCUACCAACUCGACUUCUGGAGCCUCUGGAAUGUAGGAAUCAUUGGGGUCGGAAUUGCUUUCUUGGAUUUGUUCCCUAGUCAGCCUGAAUUCCUAUUUUGGGAGCUUGGGUUUCUAACUACGUUUACCAUGCUAGCUCGUGAUCGACUAACACUUAGUCAAAUGUCUUGGAUCCUUGUCAAGGUCUUCUUUGGUUCGGCGACUCUUGGGUUGGACGUCGCGCAAGAGAUCUCUCCCGUUUUUGGCUAUGGGCUGAUGAUUAUUUUCGUGUGCAUGACGAACAUCCUUCUGAUCUCAUCGGUGAUCAGUUUGAUGAGUUUGAGCCUGGAAGGCGUUAUGGCACAUGCGCGCGAAGAAUACCUCUUCCAGUGGGUGUCUUUACUUUCUUUUGUCGCGCAGAAAAGCGAAAAGCUGGCUGACAUGAACUUAAUUCCCCUGUUGUGCCUGCGGCCGUUGCGGUUGAUACUUUCGUCAGAGGCUUUGCGCCGUCUCCGCAUCGUUCUGUUGAAAAUUACUCACGCCCCUUUCGUGAUGAUCAUCCUAGCAUAUGAAGCUAGAGGGCGGAGAUCGCGACAAACAUUUGAAAUGCGACCCCCUCCCUCGCCAGCCACGCUAUCGUCGAUUUGGCGGGAAUCGCAGCCAAGACGCACUUUUGCCGGGCGGGCGACGAUUCCCCGGCAGCCGUCACCACGAUCAUUGGGCGCUGGCAAAAAGCGUGACGACGGCGUCGACUCGGUCGAGGACCGUUCCGAGGACGGUGGGUCAGCAGUUGGCAGCUGGCGAGAACGCGUUGGCUAG